AUGAUUGUUUUCGGGGCUCCUGUAUAUCAAUCAACAGCUAAAGCAAUUGAAGUUGAAACGACGUCAAGCCAGAGGUUCUGUAUCAAAGUUCAAAACUUUGCCUUUGAGCUCCUACUCUCUCAACAUCCUGAUCAGAAGGGUAAAUUGGUGUUGGUUCAAAUUGCAAAUCCUGCCAGAGGCCGAGGGAAAGAUUUGCAGGAAGUCCAGGCUGAAACUUAUGCUACUGUAAAGAGAAUAAACCAGAAAUUUGGAAGGACUGGAUAUGAACCAGUUAUCUUGGUUGAUAAGCCUCUUCAGUUCUACGAGCGCAUUGCUUACUAUGCUGUCGCGGAGUGCUGUCUUGUUACUGCACUGGAUGCUACCUUGGGCUUGAACCCCACAGCACCAAAGAAGAGCAUGUUGGUGGUUUCUGUGUUUAUUGGUUGCUCUCCAUCUCUCAGUGGUGCAAUAAGGGUCAAUCCAUGGAAUAUUGAUGUUGUUUCUGAAGCUAUGGAUUCUGCUUUAAUUGUCUCCGAGGCAGAGAAGCAGAUGCGGCAUGAGAAGCACUAUAAAUAUGUGUGCACUCAUGAUGUGGCAUAUUGGGCUCAGAGCUUUUGGCAAGAUCUUGAAAGAGCAUGUAGGGAUCAUGUGAGAAGGAGGUGUUGGGGUAUUGGAUUUGGCUUAGGAUUCCGUGUGGUUGCUUUGGAUCCUAGCUUCCGGAAACUGUCAGUUGAGCAUAUUGUAUCUGCUUACAAAAGGACCAAACAUCGGGCAAUCCUUUUGGAUUAUGAUGGUACAAUGACAGUCAGAAACUCUAUCAGCAAGGGUCCAAAUGCAGAGGUUAUUAGUAUCUUAAACAGCUUCUGCAGGGAUCCAAAGAAUAUUGUUUUCAUUGUUAGUGGAAAAGACACAAAGACUUUAACUCAGUGGUUUUCUUCGUGUGAAACACUAGGGCUUGCUAUUUCUACGGCUGAUAAUUUUAGGCGCAACUGA